AUGAAGCUCCUCCCCGGCCUCGCAUUCCUCGUGGGUGUAGCUCCCGCCGCGCAGCUGCAAGGGCAGAAGCCCCUGACCGGCGGGACCGACUUCAAGCCAUGGAUGCCGCCGGCAGGAGCCCUAAGCGAUCGCGAGUUUGAGCGCCUCUGCGGGACCAUGAUGUCCGAGUCGAACCCGCGCUACCUCACCGAGGGCUGCCAGGGCACGGCCGAGUGGUGCCUCGGCAGGCUGUACGCCGCGGGCGAGUUCGACGGCCCCGAGACAUGCCUGGCCAGCCGACGACGGAAGCCGUGGCGGGACCCGGCGCCGUUCGACGUCGCCGAGCGGCGGUGCGCCAACCCGCGGGCCGAAGAGUGUGUCGGCACGGAGAGGUGGUGCAGCGAGCAGCUCUGGAACGGCACGGGCGACUUGUUCAGCGGGCCCAAGCCGUGCCUGGCGAGCCGGGAGCCCAAGCCGAGGACUGUCGCUCGGCCCAAGCGAGACGUGGUCCGCGAGACGUGGGCCGAGUCUGUGCCCGUGUCCAGGGGCCGCGGACGAGCUUGA